AGAUUUUAAGAAAAGGAUUACAUUUCAAAUUUUAUUUUUAACUAUCUACAAUAUAUAAACAUAAUUAAAUGAAUUAAACAGUGCUUUUCAAAGUUAAAAAAUAGUUCCGGAUUAUGGAAAAAAAUUGUCAAACUUGUAAUGGAAAAACUUGUAAACCAUCUCUGAUUCUAGUCAUUUUAGCAUCAAUUUGUGGAUUUCUUUUUAUUUUAUUUUCAAUACAAUCUUGGUCAGAACGUCAACUUAUUUUAGAAGCACGUGUAAUUCAACUCGAAAACUUUCAAAAAAGUUUGUUUGUCGACAAACUUCUUCAUCUCAAGAGUUUCAAUCGCGUCCGGUAUGCAAAUGACAUUAAUUUUAAUUUUACAUUAUUAAAAAACCAACUUGCAAAGAUUCAAGAAAAACAUUUUUAUGAAGAAAAAACUCUAAAAAAGCUAAAUCGUAAUAAACGAGACCUUGGUGAGAAUGACAAUCAAGUAUCGUUUCGUUUCCAAUCUCAGCUGAUAUCUGUAUGCCGCAGUCUUAGUGAUUUACUUAAAUGUUCAACAACUAAUGUAAGCAACUCUAACGUAACUACUGCAAAGCUACUACCACAACAUAAGACUCCCAAAAAAAACUGUCAAGGUAGUAAGGGAGAAAAAGGAGAACCAGGUUUAAAUGGUCAAAUGGGUUACAAUGGACUUGACGGACCUCGAGGAAAGCAGGGGCUUAAAGGGGAUCCAGGAGUUUGUGAUUGCAAAGUUUUAGAUACAAAUACGAAUGAAAACAGCGAAAAAGAUGGAAAUAACCAAAAAUCACAAAAAGAAGCGUUUGAAUUAGUCUAUACCGUAUGGGGCUCAUCAACUUGUCCAGAUACUAGCAACACGAUAUAUUCAGGUCAAAUUUCAAUGAGUUUGCUUGCUCAGUCAGAUGGUACAUCAUCUGGUUCAAACGCUGUUUGUCUUCCCAUAUCCGAUCGUUUUUUUUCUAAAAAUUUUAAAACAAGAGCAAAAAAAAGUAUUUCUCCUGACAAUACCGCUCAAAAUUUUAAUAUAAGCGUUAAAAAAGAAAAAGUGUUGCAUUUAGGAAGCGCUACUUCUUCAAAAAUGGAAUUCAAAGAAGAUGUUUUAAUGCAAAAAAUACAACUGCUAAAACCGUCAAUAAAACCCUCAAUAAAGUCGUCUAUAAUGACGGACAGUUUAGUUUUGAAAGGUACACCUCAUGUUACGCAAGUUAAAUCAAAUGAAAAACAAAUCAGAAAGAUUAUUACAAGCCCCAGACACGAAAACCAUGGCAACAAGCUUCAUGAGCAAAAAUACAACUUCAAUAUCUUUAGUGACACAAACCUAAAUGAUGAAACUUUAAAUACUAGUCGCGAUUGCAAAAAACAAACUGACGCAGAAAACAAUUGUAGCCAUUUAUAUAACAAUGAUAAUAAAAGUUUGCUCGUCAACGAAAGCUACAGUAGCUACCGACAGCAUAUAUUAACAACAGAUUUCAAUUAUAAUAAAAAAGUAAAUGAAAAAAACUACAAAUUUAAUAACUUAAGUUUUACUAAAGACAUUAAAAUAUUUAACAAAGAAAUUCUAAGUAUAGUAGCAGAAAACAAAGAAACAAAAUUAAAAGAAAAAGAAACUAAAGCAGCAGUUAUUCUGAAUAUAAUUCCAACAACAAAAAAAGUUGGUUUAUCAAAAAUGGUAACUGAACCAACAACUCAAAAAGUUGAACUAACACACAAAAAAAUACAAGUUGUUCCAACAAAAGUUCCAGGUGGCCAAGCAAUAACAAAAGUUACAGGUGGUCAAACAAUAACAAAUGUUCCAGGUGGUCAAGCAAUAACAAAACCUCCAGGUGGUCAAACAACAACAAAAGUUUUAGGUAGUCAAGCAAUAACAAAAGUUCCAGGUGGUCAAGCAAUAACAAAAGUUCCGGGUGUUCAAGCUAUAACAAUUUUUGGUUCAAGCAAAACAACUCCUAACGUAAAUAAUGUUUCUUUGAAAAAAACUACUCUUGUGACUAAUUCAGUUACUGGUUCAAAAAUACUAACUCCUAAUAAAAUAAAACUAGGUAUAAACUUAACUAAAACAAACCCUGUUUCAAAUAAAAAAAAUACUCUUCCAUUCGAAGCUAUUUUUUAUUCACUUCAAAAAAUAGAUGGUCCGACAAAAGCAACAUCAGUUUUAGAUAAAGAUGAUCCGAUAGCUAGUUCAGCUAAAUCUGGCGAUAUUAAAAAAACGACCAUAAGUUCAGCUAAACCAACUGACAUUAAAAAAACAACCGUAAGUUCAGCUAAACCAACUGACGUUAAAAAUAAAGAUAAAACUACUGCGAGUAACUUUAUUACAAAUGAUUUCUCGAUAACUAGUGGCUUAAAAAAAAGCGUGACUGAUCCAAUUAAAAACAUUGUCACUCUAGCUAAAAAUACCGCUGAUAAAUCUAAACAACCAUUUAAUACGAAUAAUAUUCAAAGUAAAUAUAAUACCAAUGAGAAUGCUGAAACUAAUUUUGCAAAGUUAGUUGGCACUAGAAAAUAUGUUCCUUGUGCUUUGUGUCAAGCAUUCGGAAAAUCUGCACAAAUUAUGAUACCUUCUACUACAGAAUGUCCACCAGAGUGGAACAUUGAAUAUUUCGGUUACUUGAUGGACUACCAUCACGGUACAAAACAAUCUCAAAUAAUGUGUGUUAAUGAUCAGGCAUUAGGUAUUUCACCAGAAUCUGAAUUUAUAGCAAAAAAGAUUAUUUCUUCUUACUUAUCACACAUACAGAUUGAUUGUGAUACUCACCCUUGUAAUUCGAAUAUCUACAACGAGUUAUUAAAAUGCGUUGUAUGUUCAAAGUGAUAUAAUCACUGAUAAUUUAAAUCACUUGUAAACUCAAAUUCAAUUCAAAGUGUAGUUUAAAAAAAAACAUUGGGUCGUAAACUUUUUAUUGCGUCAUUUCAAAAUCGUAUUUAAUAAAAUAGCUUUUUAAUUUCCUCAUACGAUAGCAAUAUAGAUUCGUUUUUCCAUUUAAAAAAAGCUUUUACCA